CAAACGCCAGGCAGCGAGCUAAAGAUUAAGCUGAGAGAAAGUGACACAGCAAGAGUCAGGGAAGACUACACCAUACAUUGAACAGUUGAGUAAAUGAACUCUGAAAUGAGGAAUUACGGCAGCCAUAACACUCUGGGUAAAUAUGGAAUCUUUCCUGGGAGAUCCACAUAUCAGGAGAAUCCUACAAUACCACCUAUGGCCUCAGCAAGCGACUUCAACUCCAGGAGACAGAAGGUGCUGAGGCCGUAUAUUUUGCAGGAUUCCACCAACUGUGGGGCAGUGCAGUCCAGAGACGAGCAUGGGGAGGCACGGACACACCAGUGGGAAGCAGUGCCAGCCAGAGAGGCAAAGACUUCCAAGCAAGAGGGGUACUGGAACACAGGAGACUUGGAAAUGUGGGAGUCCAAAGAUCAUCUGGAGAUGUGCCAUAAAAGGAAGCAAGAGUGUAGAAACCUGGGCAGAGGCUGGAGCUCUUCAGAGCAAGUCAAGAGACCACUAGGACAUAAGCCAAAGCCAUCCAGAUGCCCUCUGCCUCUGCUGUACGAGCCAAUCUAUGAGGAAUGGGAGCCCCUCUAUAGAAGGGGGUUGCCACAAUGGCCUUCUGUCAGCCAACAUGUUGAUCACCGACAGGUUGAAGCGUGUCCUUUUAAUAAAGAGCAGUCGAAAAGAAACCUCUGGUCACACAAAGAGGCUUCCAAAGUAUCGGACCACAGACUGAGAGGUUCAUCAGAAAUUGUGACGCCACUCCCCCCUAGUAGCUUGGGAGAGAAAGGUUACAAAGACCGUCCCCUGAAACCUCCAAGUUAUGACAUGUACUUGCAGAUGAGAAUACAAACGCAACAGGAAAGGAAGAGUGCACAGUUUGAGAAGAGCCAGAGAGGCCAGGUGAUCGAUCAACAGGUAAAAAGCUUUGCAGAGCAGAAAGAGCUGCCUCCCUCUAUCUGCCAACAGCCAUUCAGCAGAGAAAGGAGAUAUCAGGGCACAGGUAAUCUCUGUGGGUCUAAUGUGCCACCAAGCUUUCAAACCAGUGAUUAUGAUCAGUUUGAUAGGGAAAAAGACAGAAGACAUCCUCCAGUUUCAAAACUUGGACCUAACCUUCCAACAGAUUACUCUUGGAGCACAAUUUCUGAUGGACGGACUUGGUUGGAAGUUGGUAGAAAUGAGAAAAUGGACCAAGUAAAUCAAAAGAGAAAAUAUAUUGAUGCUAAAGGCUUUGGAGAACAGCUGUGUGCUUCCACCAGUCCUAGCAGUUGGCAUGCUGUAGAUAAGGAUCUAUGUCCCCGAGAGGCACCACAUUUCAGACAGAUUGGCCUCCCAUUAUAUCACACCCCUGGAGGAAGCACCAAAAAAAACCAUAAGCGAUCUGGUCUGAAACAUGAAGGUAUCAAAGUGCAAAAUCCACAGGCUGAAUUGGAAACUUGGCCCAGAGAAAAGGAUGUGCGGAACAAAAUGAAGGGUGAAGUUCUCAGAAGCAAAACUGGUGAAGUUGUCUUCUGUCUAGUCUCCAGAGCCAAUAGUUGUCAGUCAACUCAAGAUGCUCAGUCACAAACACUCCCCAAAGUUGGAAAGGAUUUAAAUGUGCCUAGCUGGAUCAAUGAGCUUGAGCCAAAUCUCCUGUCUCAGCAGGAUGGGAACUUCUACAAAUGGGGGAGUGAAUGUAAAAUUUUGAAAUCAGCCAACGUGGAGGUGGUAAGAGAUGUGGAUGGUGUCAAAGGUUGUGUCAACGCAAACAGAUUGCAGUCUUGUUUGGAUUGGCCAAAAUAUACAAGCAUCUACGAUGACAGUGAGAAUCCUGGAGCCCUGAAUAUGACUUGUGCUCCAAAGGCUGAUCUCCAUUUCAUGACCGGCCAUAGGCAGGAGCUUGGGUCCCCGAGGCAGCUGCUAUCUUCUGUUGCUGGUAAGGAGCUUGGGAGCUCCAGAAACCCUGACAUUUUGGUAAGCAGAGAGGCAUGGAGGGCUCAGCACAGGGGUGCUGGCAAUUCCUUAAAUGCCCUGCAAGUGACUGAGCAAGAAACUGGUGCACAGAGGCACCUGAGAAAUGAAGUGGGGCAAAUUACUCUGUCCCCCAUUGGUAGGUGCAGGCUGGACUGCUCAACUGCCUGGCAUCUCGCUCAACAUGCCAAGGCAUCCAACUUGCAAUGGGAUGCACCUAGGAGAGUAGCCCGGGCCAAUGGAGCGGGUGUACGGAGAGAGAGAAAACUUCCCGAAUGGAAAGAGCCAGCGUGCUCUGCUCUGAAGACAGGACAGCGGGUCAGACAGGGAGCUGAAAGACAGAGCCCAAGUCAGGAUGGACUAUUUCUUAUUGAUGCCAGCUCUGCAAUAGUUAAGGUGGAGUACAUUCUUUCACCAGAGAAAGAACGGGUGAGAUUUUCAUCACCAAUCCAAGUUGAAGAUUCAUUUGAACAUGCUAUCCUCCCUGAUAGCAGCAAGGACAGUAACUGGAGUGCAGAGAGGCAAGAAUUCAGUGAGACAGUGAAAUCCUCACUGAGAAACAUUGUAAGCACCAGCAGCUGCAGUUCCCAUUAUCUCUCAAGCACCAGCAGCCAUUGUUUUGCGGCCCAUGUGUCAGAUUCUAAGGUUCUAGAGGUAAGUGGAGACCCAUUCCCACCUCCCAGGAUGAAGGAGAGAAUAAAAGAAAGGACCAGCCGCAUACUGGGUCUACCCGGGAUACAGCCAAACACAGUGCGAGUGCAGGCCAGGGAGAUUGAGCCAGAGGCCAGUGAACUGAAUGAACAGAAUGAAGCUCAGACAGAGGGCGGACCACGGGAUGGUGACAACACAGUGGACAAUUCUGAGGAAGUACAGGACUCUAUUGCACAGGAGACUGUGAAGCCAGCAAUUGCUGGGAGCCUGCCGACUCCCGCUGCUGCUCAAGCUUCAUCGCCCCCCGAGGUUACGUGCAGUGAGCCUCAAACGGGAGCCAGUGCGGAGAAAUCCGACCAGCCCGAAAUCCCACAGGAAACUUCCUCCUCGCUUCCUGAAGGUCGCGGCUCCAGCAGCGGAACUGAGGGAGACUCCGGGUACACAGCUCCUUUGGAACAUGCCAGCCCGAAUUCAUCAGCCGAGGAAUUGCACGGUAAGGUGUUGCGAUCAGUUUUAAGGCUCCGCCACCACACAGCUCCGGACUCGGAGUCGGAUGAUGAAGAACAGGGCCGCCUCCUGGCGCCCGGAGUGAUAACUGCAGGCAGACUUGCGGUGGGAGAGGCUGGAGAUAGUAUCUGCAGAGAGCCUUCCCCUCCCGCAACAGCGAGCCCACAGCGGGGAGCAAACACGGAGCCGGUGACCCACUGCUGGCGAGAUUCCAGUGAAGCGCUGUCCCCACCGGAGAGCGUUGUGCCGCCUGGUGGCGCUCCAAGCCCGGAAUUGUGUGGGCAGCGCAGUGCCAGUGAGAGAAUGCAGGAGGAGCUGUCUGAGCAAGCCUGACACCGAAACAAAUAGAAUUUGCACUGCAGGAUAUAUGUGAACAUGAGUGGAAGUACUAUCUCAGAGGGUGAACACACUCAAGAUGAUGCGCUCCUGUGUCUAACAAGUGAAAAGGUCCCAGACCCAGUCUUUUGCCUGUCUUGAUUUCAGCUGAUGUGGUGGCUGUGUUUGUACUUUAGGUUGUCCUGGUUAAUAAGGGGAAGUUGGAAAGUUGAAUAGGGAAGAAUUGGUCCUGGUUUUAUGUUCUUGUUUGCGAUGUGAAAAGGGCAAAAGUGCAGUGUUUCCACUAAGGAUAGGAUUGGGCUUCGCUCUCAGUCAAUGCUAUCUGGGACCAAUGAUGAUGAAUAGCCAUUGGAUAAGGUUGUAAAAAUCAAAGGCCUCCUGACCCCGAGCAUCAAGUACUGCAUUUGGAAGAGGAGGGGAGAGAAAAACUAAGGAUGGUAAUGAACUGAAUUUGAGAGAGACAUUUUUUUUGUGUGUUCAACAAAGAGAAGAACGCCAUUGUUGGAAAAGAGAAUGUGAUUCAACUUUUACAAUUGAAUAUUACAUGCCUCAUAAAGCUCAAAUGUUGUGCCUUCACCCAAACUACAAGCUUGCUCACCCCCCACCCAAUGCCACCAGUGAGUUAUUCCAUUUUUCAGACAAAGCAUCUUUUUGUCAUCCAUGUUCAAGGAUAUUGUAUUUUCAGUUAAUUCAGUCAGAUCCAUACCAGAGAUA